AAAAUAUUUUUCAUCUUUUAUAUUUGUUGACUUGGGUAUACAGACCAAUCAGACUCGGAUUUCCGUCACUUGCUCGUCCGGUCACACUAAGCGUAUUAUAUUUUCAAAAAUGUUAAAUCAGCGUUACCUUUGAUGGAAAUAUUUUUAAUUUGGCACAAUUCAUAUGAAAGAAUUAUUCCUAGGCAAGCCAUUGUACCUUUAAAGGCUAAGUAUGCGUAUUCUAGUCAUGGCUAACAUUAUUCUAGGAACACCCGGGAAUGAUUAACUAAUCCGGAAGUAGCCCAGCCCAGAUGUGAACUACAGCAGAAUAUAUGAGCCAUUGCUGUAAUCAUCUCAAGCAUGGUCCUAGUAGGAAUAAUAACUUCCUUAUAUUCCAUGAUCCAAAUGAACUAAUUGGCAGGUGAUGGUAGGUGUAGGAAUAAAAAGGCCAAUAUGGGCCCUCGGAGGGGCUUACUCCCCUCCUAACACUGCUGUCCAUUCUCCCUCCCUGCUAGAUGUUCUUGGAGGGGAGCCUGGUGGUCCUAUAGAUGGUGCAUCACUAACUGUAGCUUUAGAUGUGAUCCAAGCAUGGGCAGUUCUUAUUACCAUUGGCUUCACAAUAGUGCUGUUUAUCUUCUUGGCAUUCUGUGUUUGUGCUAAGAAGGAUGAUGGGUACGAUGAGUAUGAAUUGUCCCAGGGAAUUACUACUGUUAAAGUCUGUCAUGAUGGAGGAGAAAAUGGUUUAGGGAGCUAUCCACGGAUCAAUGGGUCAAAUACACCAAGAGGCAGUGAUGAAGCUUCAGAGGCAUCAAGCAGGUGCACUCUGAAGCGAGAAUUACCUGCUAUCCCUCUGAGUGCUCAGCCUGAUCCGGCAGCUUCUGAAUGUAAAGUCGAACGUACUCAGUCACAACAUUCUUCAGAUCUUUAUGCAGCUGUUGGAGAUGUUAAUGAUGGAACUGGUGCAGCUAAGGUCAUUGGUGGGGUCCAGGUCCUUCCUGCUAAUGCCAUAGGUCAGGGUGGACGGGCUGCUGUAAUAAGAGAUGCAUCGAUUACGUCCCCCACCAGCCCUACUAGUCCACCCACAAGUGAUGCUAGUGCUGCUGCUGCUCAUCCAUAUGCCAAAGUGAAGAAGAAUCAUCCUUAUGCUCAUGUGAAGCUACCAAAGAAGGAUCAUCCAUAUGCGAAAGUGGUCCGAGACGAUUCUGAGGAUCCAGAAACCGAUACCGAUAAUUACGAUGACCCCAAAGCUAUUACCAAAGAUAAAGGUGCUGGAUGGAAGGGAGAAAGUACCUAUGAACCAGCACCACCUGUCCCCGAAAAACGAUUUGACAUAGAAGAGGAGUCUACUCAAGGAGCAACCCCUGCUGAAAGUGGACUUAUGUCUACCUCUGUGACCUCAGCAUCAUCAGCUAAGGGACCAUCAUCUCCAAGGUCACCCCAUCUCACCACCCGAUCUUCCAUAACUCCAGGCUCAGAGCCGUCACCAACAUCCCCACAUGGUGCAGGAACAGCUGCUGACAGACCUCCAUCAGCAGAAAUCCCAGCAGCCAUGGCUAUCUCAGGACGAACUCCAGCAAAUGAAGAGCUGCCUUAUAUGACACCACCACUUCUUCAUGCAGGGAUUGAGUUACCCCAGCAGCAAAAUUUCAGUGGUGAUUCUCAAGAUUCUCGGGGCUAUACAAGUAUAAGUGUCCGAGAACCUUUAGCUGCCUUGAAAGCUCAAACUGCAGGUACUGCUGCAAGUCAGUCAUCACAAGCAACCCAGCCUAUGGAAGGAGAAGGAUACUACAUGACUGUCUCUGAUGACUCAGCUGAUGAAAUGUAUGCAUGCAUUUAUGAGGGUACAAGAGGAGUUGGCAGUGAAACAUAUGCACAGAUAGAGCCUAGAUCAACACCUCCACCACCUCCACCUCAAAUGCCUAGUCCUCCCCAUGCUCCAUCUACCCCUUCACCACUCUCGGCAAGAGGUGGUUCUCAACCUCCACCAGCUCCACCAAGUGUAGAUAGCCUGCGUCAUGUUGUACAUUCCAGGCAAGCAUCUUCAAGUAGUGCUGCAAGUACUGUCAUGGGAAGUCCAGGAGCAGAAAAGAGAGGGACUCGCUCUCCUUUACCACCCCUUCCACAGGGUGAUAACAGUCUGUAUUCAGCCCCUUCCCCACAGCCUCCUCAUUCUCCUCCACGCAGUGUGCCUCCUGCUGAACGACCUACACAACGAGCCCUUGAAGAAAUGUAUGCUAAGGUCAUGAAAAAGCAACGACCUGGGCAUAGUCGGGGUAAUAGCUCUGGCGGAGGUGAAAGUGACAAUGGAAGUGAGAGCUCUUCACGAAGAGGAUCUGUUGAUAUAGGAGGUGGUCGAUGGGGUUCUCAUCACUCCACACCCCCUACGACUCCACGUCAGUCUGUGGAUCUUGGAGCAAUGACCCAUAGUCUCAUAGAGACAAGAAAUAAUGAUACAUCGAAGUCCAUUAGCAGAGCAAAAUCGUAUGAAACAGCAAGUAUUUGGAGUGGAACUUCACAACAAUCACAACCUCUACCAAAGCCAAAUCCAAACUACGAAACAAUACCUCAGCAUCCUGGUAAUUUUUAUUCGGGAGGUUCUGACCCCGGUUAUGAAACUGUUAAAAAUUCUGAACCACCCUAUGCAAGUGUAGAACGCCCUGAAGAAAACUAUCCAGGUUACGAAACAGUGAAACCUACUUCUGAUAUAGAGUCAGAACCUGGAUAUGAAACUUUGAAACAUCGAGAAUAUGAGCCUGGUUAUGAAACAGUAACUGGAGAAGCCAAGCAAACAGCAUCUGAGCCUGGGUAUGAGACAGUUGCUAGUAAGACAACCCAAGAAGAUGAUGAACCUGGGUAUGAGACAGUUGCACAUCAGACAGAAGCUGCUGAUCCAGGUUAUGAAACAGUAAAAGGAAAGUCUACAAGUGAGUUUGGGGAUCCUGGUUAUGAAGAGCUAAAGAGCACAGUCCACCAUAUAAGAACUACCUCGGAACAUGAUCCAAACUAUGAGCAAUUGAAAUUUACCAGUCGGCGCUCAAGUGAUGGGGAUGCUGAACCAGGUUAUGAAGUUGUUAAAAAAGUUGAAACGGAAAGUACCUAUGAAUCUGUUCGUGAUUAUGACAUACCAGAAAAAUAUCCUCCCUAUGAAAAGAUUGAUAAAACUGAGAAGUCUGAAGCUCAGCAGACUCCAGUUUAUGCAAGUGUAGUACGAAAGGGAAGUAAAAGUCCUGACAAGAAAUCACCAAGCAAAGAAAGCCCAGAUGCAGAUAAAGAUACUGGGGCAACUGGCCUGUUAGAGAGUGACCUAGAUAAUCUUCCUCCUUUAGAACCAAAAGGUGAAUUAAUAACAAUUGAAACUCGGAAUGAAAACCAGAAUAUAUCAGUGACUACUCGUGUUAAAACUCCUUCUCCUGUAAAGAGUCCAUCUCCUCCAUUGAAGAGUCCAUCUCCUCCAUUGAAAGAGAGUCCAGUUUCAAGUCCGGAGAAAGUAUUACCCCCAGAAGUACCAGAAGUAAAAAGCCCAGAGAAAAGCCCUCCAGCUAUGGUGAAAGCAGAGGAGAAAGGAUCACCAACCUUGGAUAGAAGUCCUGAUAGUGAAUCUCCAUGUCUUACAAAGAGUCCCGAUUCUAUGUCUGAAAUGAGUCCAGAAAAAGAAGAGGUACCUUUUGGUAUUCCACCAGAUACACAGAGGAAGUCACCUUCACCACCACUUCAUGAAGAUGAUAGUCUUGCAAAGGAUUCCUUACAAGGAAAAAGUGUCAAGAAGGAUUCUUCCCCUGAAAAAGCCCCAGAGAGUGUAUUUGUAUUACCUGAAAAGGGAUCCCCUCCUUCCAUGAAAUUAUUUGAAAAAGAGUCUCCAACCAUCUUAGUUACAAUGGAAAAGGAUCCUUCUAUAGAUCAAGAUUCAUCAAUGAUUGCAGACAGCCCAGAAAAAGAGACCCCACCUGAAGUUGCAAGUGCCGAUAAGGAAACCACUGAAAAAGUUGUCUGUGACGUUGAAGACAAAGAAUCUGUGUCCAAAGAUAGAGAUAGCCUUGAUGAAACAUCAUCAGGUACAACAGGAAGUCCAGAUAAAAUGCCCUCCUCACCCCUAGACAGCAGUCCAGUCAUUGAAGAACAACCUGUAGGAAAAUCCUUGCUUGAAGAAUUACAAGAGUCCACAGAAACCAUAGAGACAUUUUCACAGCCAUUACCUCCAGCACCUGAUUCUAAAGAGAUGGAGGAGCAGUCUUCCUCAUUCCAAGAGAAUCCCUCUUUACCACCUCCUUUACUUAUUCAAGAUGAACCUCAUCCAAUCUCUUCAUCUAUAGAUGAAUGUGCAGUUAGGGAGAACUUACCCUCUCCACCUCCAUCACAGAGUCCACAGAGGUCAUCCUCUCCUACAACUGUUGAUCAUUUUGGUAGUGAACCUCCAUUGCCUUUGCCAGAAACACACGCUCAACCAACGGAAACAGUAAAUCCACUAUAUGUCACUGAUAAUGGUAUUCCUCCCAUAGAGCCAUCUGCAAUCAAUGAAAAUGCAGCUGAUGAAGGGGAAUCUCAUGUCUCGCUUUGUGGAGAGUUACCCCCACCACCACCACCAAUGGAAGUAGAUGAUACAACUUUUCCUAAUGACCUACCACCACCAUUACCUGAAAUUGCACCUUUAGUAAAUACUCUUCCUGAAGAUACCCCUCCACCUUUAGUUCCUCCAGCAGAUGUGGAAGGAUUGGAUGAUAUGUUAACUUUAGCCAACAUGGGGUCCUCAUCUUCAGGAAGUACAGCCGUUCAACUUGGCAGUGCUCAUGGCAGUUCUGAAAAAGAUUCAGAGUCACCUCAAGACAAUGAAGGGAAUCAGAUGGAGGUAGUCUCAGUUAUAGAUGAUUUGCCACCCCCACCUCCACCUUCUGAUGAACCAGAAGCUGAACAAGACUCGGAUGAGGAAUUGGAUAACUCAGUUUCCUCUGGAUAUGAGCUUGGCUUCACUGCAGGUGGUAUAACUGUUACUGUUAAUCCAAUGGCUGAUGUGACUGAGAAGUCAGAAUCUCCUGACCCCAUCCCACCACCUCCAGUUAGUGAGCCAAGUCAAGUGGUGCCACCUUCACCUAUAGCAGUUAGUGCUAUAAUUAGCAGCAGUACUGGUAGCCAGAGUAGUAGUAGUGGAUCAGGUAGUCAGGACACAGGAAGUGGCAGUAUUGAAAGUGUAGUAACUGUAGAAUGUGCUCCCCCUCCACCUCCUGGAGAUGUAAGUGGAGGAGGCAGCGAGGGAAUUUCAGAAAGUCAGCAUUACUCAGAAUCCCCCUCAAGUCCUGAAAGUCGACCCUUAGACCCUCACGAACAGAUCACUGAAGUUUGAAAUACUGCCUUAUAGAAUAUCAUUGAAAAUUAUGCAGACAAAUUGUGAGAAGUUAUAAUCAGUGGAGUUUGGAUUUGAAUACCAGCUGUUUGAUUUUUGAUAACAGCUGCAUGGAUUUGAAUGCCAGCUGCCACAGAUGUGAUUUUAUGCUGUUGCUCAGGUUGUUUUUAGAAUGACCAAACUGCCUAAAUCACUAAAGGCACUUUUAUUAUUAUCAUUAUUGUCAGUUCUUUUCACUAGCUACAGCUAUUAUAUUGAAGUGGCAAAUUAGUAUUUGAUAGUUAUUGUCGCCAUAGACAGCUAAGUGGACCAUCUCAAUAAGGCAACACUACAUGUUGACUUCUUUGGUAGCUGUUGGCUGUGACAUUAUUAACGUACUGUAUCGUAGAACCCUAUUAGGAAGGUAUAGGGUACUCUCCUUGAUACCGUAGAUUAAGGCUUACAUGUGGAAUUAUUGAAGGUUAGGGUAUUUUGAUAAAGGUAUAACAUUUUCAAAGUUGUAUUAACUAGUUUUCAAGCUGUUACACUCAACAUCUUUUACCAAGCAAUGGACAGAAAUGGUAUUUGUAGUUAGUUUUCAAAAGUGUCAUCAUUUAUUUGUAAUUCCAAAAAAACAUUCAUGGUUAGAGAGAAAUAAGUUGUUCCAUUUUUACCAUUUGCAUGAGGUGAUUUUGUAUAUAUAUAUUUUUUAUUUAUAUUACUUUAAGUGAUAAAAAUAAUCUGGUAAAAUCAGAUGUGCAAAAAGGGAAGGGGUAGGGUUUGUGACACAAGUUGCAGUCGAGAAGUUAUUUACUGUAACUAGGUCAAUACCCUGAGAUCAGUAUUGAAAUAAGAAUUUGCAGUGUGCUGCCAAAGUUCCUGUGUUUGUGUGACAGGCAGGAUUGAAUAAGCUUUAUAAACGAAGAUGUGUUUGGUACAUGUUACAGUAAGUUAUGUUUAUUGUACUUGUAGCUGGUAGAUCAUUGCACUCACUUGUGUGCUGAAUAAUUGGUCAGUUUCCUCUCAUCACACCAGGAUUUUUUUUAACUGUAGAUCUUUAGAUCUCAUUCUCCUGUGAAAAGGUCCAGUGAUUUCACGUCUGCGUAGAAGUUCAAAUACUUGUUGAAUUGCUUUGGAAUUUGAAUUUAGGUAACAUUUUUCACAGAGAAUGCCCAUCAGAUUGCAUUUUCUAUUUUGCAAUAACUUGUCUACACACUUCUUAGUGUUUUGUGGUUCACACAACUACAUCAGAAACAAUGUGAUUGAAGUAUUGAGUGUUUUGUGUGUAUGUGUGUGCACGUUCGAGUUUAUACAGAUUAUGAGCUUUUUUUAUAUCCCUGUCUUGAGAUAUUUUCAAUCUUAAAUCAAGAGUUAUUUGAUUGUGUUGGUUAUUUUUAGUUUUAGGUGAACAUUUUGUUAGGUCCAUUGAUGGUAGCUCAAAGUUAAGAUUUAAAUAAUUUACUUUUGAAUUUUUUAAAGUAAUUUGUGUAUGUAAAUGUAAAGCAUUGAAAGCUAUGAUUUUCAAAUAUGACUUCUAUUGUUACUGAGUCAUGUUGCUGUUCAUUUUUGAAUGUGAUUAUUAAUGAAGAAAUAUUUCAGUUAUGAAUGUUGGUCAUUUAUCUCAAGUAUGAUCAUCAUGAAUAUUAGAGUUCAGUGAAGCAUUUAAGGAAAUGUAUGCAGAGAAUAUAGGUAUAUAUUAUACAUGCUGUUAAUAUUAAAGCACCUAAACCACAUUUCAGUCCAGAUUUUUUUUUUUUUUUUUUUUUUUUUUUUUUUUUUUUUUUAUGACUUACAUGGCCAUUACUGGACAACAGAGUUGCUGGAGCUAAUGAACAGGUACUAAAGUUAUGAGGCUUCUUCAUAGUGAAAGUCAUAUAUACUGUAUACUUUCCUUGACAAUGGAAAGUGUCAGGGUUAUUGAACUGUUAAUAAAGUUACGAGGCUUCUUCGUAUUUAAAGUCAUAUAUACUGUAUAUUUUCCUUGACAAUGGAAAAGUGUCAGGGAUUGUGGAUAUUGAUUAAAUUAAAUGUUCCUUUUAUUGUGAAUAUACUGUUAGAAGAUACAGAAGCAUAAAACUCACUGGAAUGUGUAGUAAGGCUCUACAAUUCUUUUCUAAUCCAGCCCAAAAGUUUUGGAGCCACAGUUCAUUUGAGUUAGGCAAAAAUUUAAUACUAUUGUAGAAUAACUCGCAUAUAGUAUUUCUCAUGUUUAUUGUUUUUAAUGAUCUCAAGGUGCAAUUAUUCUUUAUGGAUGCAUUGCUGCAUAUUCAUGUAUGUACAUUUCCAUCUCUGAAAUGUAUAAGUAAGUACCUCAUGAACAAUCAAGACAUUUGUCUACCUUGAGUUCUGAGUUUCAGUAACUAAAACAUGGUAGAGUCUUGAGCAUGGAAAUAGGUUGUGGGCUAUAUGCCAAAGGGGGCAAAUAAAAACUCUUCCAAUUAAUAUUUAUUGAAGUGAGUUUUUUACUCGUGUAUCCAUGGUGUAUGCCUGUAUAGUAUAAAUAUCUUAGGGAUACUUGUACUUAGUGGUCACAUUUCACAGGUGAAUGUUCUUUUUCAAUGUAAUGCUAGUUCCUUUAAAUGAAAUUGAGAUAAAAAUUGCUUUGAAUUAAUGGCAUAUGUAAAAAAAAAAAAAAUGUCUUGAGUAUAAUUUUGAGUUAAUAAACAUGACAUGCCAGUGACAGAAAUUCAACUUGUUCAACUUUGUAUAUUUUCUUUUAUGAGAAUAUACUUCAAAUUUAACAUUAAUAAUUCUAUCCCAGCUUGACUGUAAUUUUUCCUUUGUAGUCCAUCAGAAUUUUAAGGCGUGGCAUGAAUGAAUACACGGACUAUGGCCUGGUAAUUGUAAAUUGGGAGAUUUCCAUUGUAUUGCUUGUAGUAGUUAGCCUGACUAUUCUUAUGCAAUCCAUUACCAUGUCGUUUUGAUGAACUAGAACUCUUAAAGAUUAUAUAUAAGGUUCAAUUGCCUACUGCAGCAAGGUUUUACGUUCGAUUUGACAAUCUCAUCAGGGAUUUCUGUACUUCACGGGAUCUUUUUAUAGUAAGUAGGAGUAUGUAUUGAAAGCAAAAACCAAAGAUCUCAAACUUUUAAUAAUAGUAUAUUUAUUAGUGGUUUGAUAAACACUUAUCACAUGGCUUUUCAAAUUUCAUGUACAGUUUCACCUCGUUAUACUGUAAACAUUAUCAUUUAGAAUAGUUUUCAUCAUUAUUGCAAGUCUUGUUUAUUCUGAUGGACACAAAAGGUUUUCAUUUCAGUUGCUUAAUAUAAUAAUUCAAAAGACCACCUGCUUCUGUGAAAUUGUCUAAGGUGAAGUACAGUGCAUUUCACUUCCUUAAAGUUUCACUGCAUUGUGAAGUAUGUGUGUGUGUGCCAAAGAUUAUGUGUUGUGAGAUGUUUUUAUUCAUUGGUGUACAGCAGUUUUUGGGUAUUAUCUACUUAUUAGAUCAUGCAUCUUUUUAAGAGCUUUACAAAAUUCAAGGUAUAUCUAAGUCAAUUAUUCAAAAUACAAACACUUUUAUUUAGAUUCAUUUCAAUGUUCUUAUUUUAUAAUUAUUGCUGUGGUUAUUUUAUAGUGAUUGGUCUUUACAAUGAUUUUAUUUUGUGUGCUAAACACACAUCAUUACAGUACCUGAAUAUAUGAUUUCCCUGCUCCUCCAGGACGAUGAUAUUAUUAGCUUGAUGUGUUUAUAAUAAAUUUUUUGUAUUACAUUGUGGAGUGGCUGUAAUCUGUGUCUACCUUGAGCGGUAAUGUCAUUGUUCUAUCCUUAUACAUUUUGUCAGCUUUAUAUUACCUAUAAUUAUAGUGGAAAUAGAGAUGAAGGUUGAGCUGCUUCCAUAACAAUUAAUUAUCAUCUUCCAUUUCUGUUAUUGUUGUUGUUGCCUUUCGUGGAUGAGCCAAAGCUUUGACGUCUCAAUAGAUUUUUUGUGAUAGGUUGUUGUACUUAUUGUUAUUUAUUUAGCACUUCAUCCUUUCAUAGUUUCAUUGCUGGUGCUAAAACACUGUGACUCUGUAAUGCUUGUAAAUAGCUGAAAGUCCCUUUAUCCAGUUAGUUGUCCUCUUUUCACUGAGGAUAUCUGACUGGUCCCAUAAUUGUAUGUUUUGUCAAUACUGUACUUUCAUCUUGAAAAGUUUAUUAUUGGUAUCGUUUCUUUUUAUCCGUUAUUACAGAUUUAGUUGUCUAUUAUUUAUAUUGUAUAUGUAAUCGCUGUUCUAACGUCUCAUUACUUUUAUCUGGUGUUAUUUUGCAUUUGGUUUGCAUCACUAAUCAAUACCCAUUUCGUACUUGCCACUUUACUUCGUUUGUUUAACUGUACUGUACUUAAUUUCAUGGGUAUAUGUGUGUGUGUCAUGCCAGACUUUAUGUGCAUGUGAUUUUUUAAUAAAUACUCCCAAGAUUAGGUAGGAAAAGUUAAAACAGAAACAAGCCUAUAGUUAAAACCACUGCCAAAUUAAUGACCAUUAGUAUUUCCUUUCUGUGUUUUUUCUGAUUAUAGUGUAAGAUAUUCAUUGAAAAAAUACCAUGAAUCUGCAUAUGCAUGUAGAAAUUAAUUAGAUACUAUACUGUGUAUUAGAAUGCAAUAUAGAUCAAUAGUGCCUUGUUAAAGGUUAAAGAAUUCUUUUUUCUUUGGUUUUCUUUCUUUUUCCAUUUUUUUACUUCUUGAUGUUGACUGUGUCUUACAAAGUUGUUUUCAUUGGCUAAUCUGUCAGUGAUAAUUUAGGUUUUAAGAUGGCUAAGGAAUGUUUUUGUUCUAACUGCCUUACAGGAAAGGGAGGAAGUAGAAACUCAUAUGAACUGUCUACACAAUAUCUUAUAUGCCUGUGUCUUCUUGUUUACUAUACAUGUAUUAAAUAUAUAUAUUCACCAUGAAUAGAUGGUGGUCACAAAUAGUCAGUUAAUUUAUAUUAUCAUUAUUAUUAUUAUUAUUAUUAUUAGAUCUUAGGUGUCAUGUUUUGAGCCUACAAUAUCAGUUUCUGUAGUCUAAAGAGUUGUCUGCAUAUACAUUUUCAUCAUUCAUAAAUCAAUAUUAUGAAUAUAUUAACUUUUCUUGGUUGUAAAAAAUAAAAAGUUCAUGUCCAGAAAUGUUGUGGGAACUGUGCUGCCAAGUUAGUUUUAAAAUUUAAUGAAGGGCAAUUGUUGUUUGAUCUGUCUGGACUAAGAAUGUUACUUGAUGAUGUGUUGACAUUUAGGUUGUUGAUGAGUAUGGCUGUUUAGUCUUCUAUGGCAUUUCUUUAUGUAUCAGUAUCUUGCAAUAGAUUCAAGUUUAGGCAGCAUAGGCUUUUUAGGCAGUUGUUCAGGUCCAUUUGUCUCGAAAAUUAUACAGUAAUUGUUUUUGUCCUUGUAAAUUUGGUACUGUGCAUUGUUUUUAGGAAACAAUUACUACUAAUACAACUCAAGAAUCUCGGGUAAGCAUUUGGUCAUUGCUGGACUCAGGUUGUGGUUUUAUACCAGUAGGACUCUAAAUCUUUGAUGCUUUUUUUCCUAAAUCAGUCUGUCACUUCAGAGGCAAGGAUAUAGUACUACCUUUACAGAUGUGAAAACAUGUUAGUGCAACAAGUGGUGGUUAUGACACAAGUCAUGAGUGUAAUUGUGUUCCCCUUAGUUUACUUUCAUAGGGUGUGCCAAGUAACAUAAUGCAUUUUUGGUGUUCUAUUACAGUUUUGGUGUUCUCUUAGUUACAGAAAAAGGAUUAAUAUUAAUGUAAGAUUAUAGUACAAACAUAUAGUAUGGCAUUUAUUCUUUUAAUGCUUGUACCUUAUAUUCUGCUAAAUAUGUUAGGCUGAGAUUUUUGCUAAUUUUCCCAUAUAAUAAGUCAUUACAAUAGAUAGGUCUAAUAUUGCUAGUGAGGCCAUUUUAAAUUAUUUGAAUGGAAAUUUCUCUUUUUCAUAACCCACGUUAUCCUUCUUUCUUAUGCACUUGGGAAGUGCUGAUUCUGUUUUAGGAUUCGCUCAUUUCAGUGAAUAUUUUGCUUAAUGUGAGAAUCAUACAAAACAAUGAUUUGAGUCCAGUUUUGACCUUAAGGCAUCUACAUGCUUAAUCGUUAUUUGUUGAGGCUGCUGGUUUCAGUCACACAGUGUAGGCUCUAGUGAUUAUUGUAUUUUAAUAACUUAAAUUUUUUUUUUCAAUCACAUAUGCUGAUUUAGGACCUUGUUUUUUUAUUUUCUGUAUCAUGUUUUGUUCAAAGUUUUUUCAUCUUUUGGUUCAUAUCAUUAGGGUAUCUUUUAUAAAUACCUACUACUAGAUUAAUGAUUUGUAUUUUAAUCUUGGAAAAGUUGCUUUUGUACUUUUUUAUGUAAAUCAGCUAAUAGGGAAACAAGGUCUUGACUGAACAUGAAGAUGUGUAAUCUCCAAUAGAGAUUUCUCCCCAAGAAAUGGUUUAUUCUUUGCUGUUCCAUUUGUAGUGUAGUGUGAUGAGACUACUCCUGUGUCAUUGGUGGUAGCUAAUGGUGUAUACAACAUCAUCCAUGUCUCAUCUGCAAAAGAUGAAAUCAUGAUGCCUAUCACCAUCUUUCACAGCUCAGCUUUUUGUGUCCAUUCAACCAUGAAGAGUGUGUCAGCGCUCUGACAUUUGGUAAUUUUGAACUUCCUUUGACUGGUGUUGCAUGCAUGAAGUGUAAUAUUAACAAAGUCUAAGUUGGGUUCAUCAUUGCCAUUGAGCGAUUACUCACUUCUUGUGGUGUGUAAGCAACUUACACAGUAAAGAAUGAUUCUAGAAAA